CACAUCUGAAGACUAGAGUUGAAAAACGACAGUGCGAGACGGCUUCUAGAACAAAAAAAAAAACUAUUCGCGAAUCGCUGAAAACGCCGCUGCGGAAAUUCUGCCAGUCGAAUGAAAAUCGAGUGGAAGAGGGCGCGGGUGAAUUGCAAACGGAGCGUAAGAUAAAAGACACGGCUAGCUGAGAGGCGUCACGUAGACGGCCGACUGAUCGAUAUUCAAUACAGGCGUAGGGCAACACGCACACACACCCAUACGCGCGUGUGUGUGCCACUGCACACACAAACACAUGGAGAACACUCGAGGUGGCGAAAAUAAUGUAGAAUUGGCCAACGGCGGCAAGGAAUCCACGGGAAAUGUACGAAAACCGGAGAAGAAGCCACUGGAAGGAGCGGUCGGGGCUUCCAAGCAGCGGGAGACGCCUGAAAAGGGCGUAAACAAAGCGUCGGCAGUGGAAAACAACAACGCAAAUGCCCGCGGAAAUGCCAGUCCAACAACUACAAGCGCACAGCGAGAAGCAACAACAACAAUUACGCCAGUGGAACCAACAGCAGCAGCAACAACUACAAACGGCAACACUUUACCCACACAACAGCAACAACAACUGCAGUCAGGCGAUGGCAACGCAAAUAACCCAACAACAAAUGCACGUAUAAUGCUAGCUGCAGCUGAAGAGGAACAGGCAGUAGCAUCGUCGGUGGCAACAACUGCAGGGGCACCCACAGCCGCAACAACAACUGCAACAACAACCGCGUUGGCAGACACAACAAAAACAAGCACAAGUACGGACGAGAAGACAGGUAAAGUAAAGCGAAAUUCGCAGAACACGAAUCCAAUGUCAACUAAUGUGAUUUGCACACCCACCCACUCGCCAACGCCGCCCACAGAAGAGCGCAACCACAAAAGGAAGAAGAGAGACAGGGAGCGGGAUGAAGACAAGAAUCGGCGCAGCAACAACCACAACAGCAGCAGCAAGGAUCGGGACAAGGAUAGGGAUCGGGACAAAGAGCGGGACAAGGAGCGCGAUAGGGAGCGGGAGCGCGACAGGAAUCGCGAGAGCAGCUCCAAAUCCUCCAAGGAGGCCGAACACAAGUCCAGCUCAUCGCGCAGCAAGGAGAAGUAUCAUCGCAGUGAUAGGGACCGCGAACGGGAGAAGGAGCGCGAUCGGGAGAAGAUUCCUUCCUCGUCGUCCAGCUCAUCCUCGCACUCGAAUCGAAGGAGAAGUUCCGACAGCAGCCGGAGCAGUCAGAACAGCUCCUUCAAGUCGAAGGAUCCAGGGGCAGAUCCUGUUUUGCCUCAGGCGGUUGUUGCUGCUCUCGAAAAGCAGAUUAAGGUGGAGGAGGUCAUCAAAAAAGAACCAGUAGAAACCAAACAAGAAGUGGAUACAGAACCUACACCAGUACUUAGUAACCUCAUUAAAACUGAAGCGGAAAUCAAAACGGAAUCGACGGAGAAGCCAAACAAACCUCUAGUAAAUGGCGAGGCGAUAGCGAAAACCCGAGAUGAGGUUUCCAGACAGCUAAAUUUCGGAGACAAGGUCUCCAAUUCCAAGUUAAUGCCUUCGCCGGCACCGAAAUCCAGUUCGGGAUCGAACUCCACGGCCAGCAAUCAUUCCUCCAGCCAAAGUAGCAGCAGCCGCAAAUCCUACUUAUCGUCUUCGUCCUCUUCAUCCUCCAGCAACCAUCACAAGAGUUCCUCUUCGUCAUCGUCUCGCCACUCCUCAUCUACAUCUCGGGAGUGCUCCAAGUGCUACAAGCGCUCCAAAAUUCGGCGAACCAGCGUGGGCGUCCAGUGCUUACAGCAUGCACCAGCAACUGGACCCUGGCAAACCGUUCAGAGCCUGCCGCCUAGGCCUAACCGAAAACCACCGGCUGGCUUGGAGAACUUAAAGUACGGCUGCUACUUUCAGGUGGAGCAAUAUCCAAAUGGCGGGGCCUCCAUUGUUCACCUGUAUCAACAUGAAAUCGACGCAUUGUCGCCAGAUGAAAUGGAGGAGCUGGUGGAUGAGUUCUUUGAGGUGUGCUUUGCCGAGGAUGAGCAAGGGUAUGCCCACCAUGUGAUGGGUAUUGUCCACGAUGCCGCGAGGUAUUUACCCGAUCUACUCGAGCACAUGGCCGAGAACUACUCAACGCUGACGGUAAAGGCGGGAGUUCUUGGACGAAACUCCGAUAUCGAGACCUGUACAAUGUCGCAAUACAACGAGCAGGUGGUUCGCAACUAUUGCCAAGGAACCUUUCGAUAUGGACCACUGCAUCAGAUCAGUUUGGUUGGCAAAGUGCAUGAAGAGGUGGGCGGAUACUUCCCAGAUCUGUUGGGUCGUAUUGAAAUGAAUCCAUUUUUACGAAAGACCAUGCCUUGGGCUUGUAAUUCUAUACUCCAAACGGAUCCUCGUCAGUCGAACGAUGGCCCCAUUCUCUGGAUCCGUGCUGGGGAGCAGUUGGUCCCCACAGCAGAGUUGAAUAGCAAGACCCCACUGAAAAGGCAAAGGACUCGUAUUAAUGAAUUGAGGAACCUUCAAUAUUUGCCGCGUUUGUCUGAGGCACGGGAGACGAUGAUCGAGGAUCGGACCAAGGCGCAUGCGGAUCACGUGGGCCAUGGCCACGAACGCAUCACCACCGCAGCAGUUGGCAUACUGAAAGCUGUACACUGUGGUCAAACUUACUCGCAGAACCGCAUCACCAAAGACGUGGUCGCUUUUGCCGCCCAGGACUUUAACACAAUGGUGGAAAUGCUGCAGCUGGACCUGCACGAGCCGCCAAUCUCACAGUGCGUACAGUGGAUCGAGGACGCCAAACUUAACCAGCUGCGCCGCGAGGGCGUCCGUUACGCUCGUAUUCAGCUGUGCGACAAUGACAUAUACUUCUUACCCCGCAACAUAAUCCACCAGUUUCGCACAGUGACAGCGGUAACGAGCGUAGCUUGGCACCUGCGACUAAGACAGUAUUAUCCCGGCCAGGAAGUGAUUAACGAGAAGAAUAACCCUGUGCUAGCCGAAACACCUCACUACAAGGAAAAGCAAACGAUCCUGCCAAACCCAAUUAGCCACGACGAAUGCGGCAAAAAGACACCAUCAAAGCGUGCACACGAUGGCAGGACCAAGAAGAAACUUAUUGACCUCGAUGGCAAGGAGCGUCGAUCUAGUGAGAGCAGCAUAGACGAGCACCCAGCUGCAGGAAGUUCCUCGCCUAGCCAAAAUCAGGAAAACAACAGCAACAGCAGCAGUCAGAGCGGAGCUAGUGGGGUUAGCACACCCAAAAAGAAGAGCAGCAAGGAGGACUCCAAGAUAGAUAUGCGGAAAAUGGUUCUGGAGCACAAAUAUAAGCUGACCAAAGCAGCGGUAACUGAAACCCCUGAGAAGGAGAAGCUCAAAAAGGAUAAGGACAAGGAAAAGUCUAGGGGGAAGGAUAGAGAUAAGGAAAAGGAACGAGGCAAGGAAAAGGAAAAGGAAAAAGAAAAGAAAAACGAUACUCCUAAAAAACAUGCAACGCCAGCAAAGAGCUCUUUGAGUGAGCCCUCGCCCGCCAAAAUUCCCAAAUUAAAUAAUGACACAGCUCCUGCAACUGCACUUCCACUGAAAUCUACACCCUCCUCUGCGCCACCUACGUGCACUCUUCCUGUAGCUGCGCCGCCUAUCCUGUCAGGACUGCCACCGCCACUCGUGCCUCAGACGCCUUUCAUUGAUCGUCUAAAUCAAAAGGAGCCCGAGAUCAAGAUCGAAGUAAAGAUUGUCUCCGACAGUAAAAGUGAUAUCAGUACCUCCAAUCCAGUUGUGUCAACAACAGCCCCACCACCGCCGCCACCUCCGGAUCCGGUUGAAGAUGUGGGUAACGAGCUAAUUGUGGAGAGCACACCCCAAUUGAUCGUUGACCACGAAGAGGAGGUCUCUGAAGUGUGUUCCGAGGAGAUUGUCGAAAUGGAUAUACCGAUACCCAAAGAACCAGUCCCAGCUGCUGCUUUUACAUCAUUGCCUAAUACUCCGUCACCACUUAUUAGUGCUCACUCCACUCUGGCUACUGCGCCCAUACCAAAAUCUUUUCUCCAUCCACCAGUACCAAUUGUAGCUGCACCCGCUCCUCCGCCACCCAGUCAAAUUGUGAAAGUGGUACUCCCAGGCUCUUUGACGCCUCUUACCAGAAUGUCAGUGGUUUUGCCACCCUUGCCGCCAUUACCACCAUCACGGACAUCUGCACCGCCACCGCCGCCGCCUCCUCCGAGCACCAAAAGCAGUGCUAUCACAAUGCCCAUAUCAGCCCCAGUUUCCACGUUGAAACCCACCUACAAAACCAUUAAUUUGCCCUCCCACAAGAUUAUCAUCGCAGGCUCCGCGGCGGGAAGUCGAGUCUCGAUGGCAAAGGGCACGUCGAAGAGACCUGAUUUAUUGGGAUCCAUCAUAGCCAGCAUGGACAAGCCAGCGGGAAGUGGACCCAAUAGCAACUCCUCAUCAUCGACAUCCUCGGCAACAACGAAUAGUUCGCUCUCCUCUUACGCCGGUUCCAACAAUAGCUUUUGAAACUGGGAAAAGAAAUGGACGGAAAGCGAGAGUAGAGGCUCCUAUUUGGACUUUAUGUGAAACUAUAUAUUUUGUAAAUUUAAAAGCACUCGUUAUUACGUUAAACGGAUUUCGAGUAGCUGAAUCCUUUAAAGGAAGAUCUCAACUCUGAAAGGGAUUUCAAUACUUACUGAAGGUUGGCCAUACAAUUAUAUAUUUUUAAGUGGUGCGCCAAACUUCCGUAUAUCAUGUUUUACAUUCUGCAGGAGUCGCUAUUAUACCAUUUAUUUUGAAAAUUGUUAUUCCUUGUUCUGCGAUAUUGAGCAGCCACAGUUUUGUGCGAACUGAGUGAAAUCUCAUCCAGUGCCCAGAGAUCUUCCUUUGUAUAUAGCCAAAAGCUUAUAUGUAGUCCUAAACUUCACAUACAAACACCCUUAUAUUUGAUAACGAAACAUAGGUUUAUAAGCUAAAUAUGCGGCACUUGAUAGAAAUGUAGUUUUUUAAUUUAUUUACACCACCAACCACACCGCAAGCACUUUUUAGAUACAACAAUUGAAAGUUUUUUAAUGCAGGCUGGUACACUGAGCUGUUAUAGUGUGUAUUUUUAAAAGGCAUGCACCUAUUGGCCAGAGACACUCGUUCUCCUUAUAACAAUACAUUUAAAGGUCCCAGUUUGAUUUCCUUCUCAACAACUUUUUUGAAAAGUGUUUUAAAAGUGCGUAGAACAAUACACACAUUGAUAAUUACUAUAUAUAUAUAUACCAUAUAUAACUUUAGGACUAAGACAGCUUACACGUUGAAGAAACAAU